AUGGCCUAUUAUGGAGAUACCAGACAGCCUCCUCUGUAUCCUGUCGUGGACGAGUACACGCCCUUAUUAUCUGAACCACCAUCCUACGAUUUAGAUUUGGAAAUAAGUGUUUCCCAGGAAAUAUGGGUUGUUUUGAAAACGUUCAUCCCAGUGUCCCUAACGUAUGCGCUUCAGAAUUCGCUGCAAACAGCUUGUGUCGUGAUUGUUGGACGUCUUGGAGCAGAUGAUCUCGCAGCAGCAGCUUUUGCAUUCAUGUUUGCUAUGGUCACUGGCUGGGUUGUAGCUAUGGGUGGUAGCACUGCUUUAGAUACACUGGGAUCCCAAGCAUUUACUGGCGCAUCAGAUAAAACAGAAGUCGGAGUACUACUUCAAAGAUGCCUCCUAAUUUUAACAGUGCUUUUCGUGCCUGUCGUUGCACUGUGGUAUUUCGCGGAACCAUUGUUUCUACUGCUCGGCCAAGAACCACAAUUAAGUGCUCGUGCAGCUCUCUUCCUGCGGUAUCUCCUAUUUGGAGCACCAGCAUACCUUUACUUUGAAAGCAUCAAAAAGUACUUGCAGGCCCAAGGAAUCAUGCACGCUGGAACCUACGUCAUGAUGGUCGCAUCGCCAUUCAACAUAAUCCUAAACUAUUUGCUCGUCUGGCAUCCCAGCUGCGCGUUGGGAUUCAUCGGCGCUCCAAUAGCGACAUCAAUAACGUACUGGCUGAUGCUGUUUCUGCUGAUACUGUAUGUGGUAUUUGUAGAUGGGAGUGAAGCGUGGGGAGGAUUUAGUCGUAAAGCAUUCACGAAUUGGGCAAGUUUCUUGGCGCUUGCGGUGCCUGGCGUGCUCAUGGUGGGGACGGAGUGGUGGGCGUUUGAGCUAGUGGCCAUGGCGGCAGGGUUGCUAGGGCCUGAGGCACUUGCAGCUCAAUCGAUCAUUAUGACUGCAGAUCAGGUGUUAAAUACGAUACCAUUUGGACUAAGCGUAUCGAGCUCCAACCGUGUAGGAAAUCUUCUGGGCUCACGACUACCGAGAAGAUCAAAACUAGCUGCGAAUGUCUCUGCAGGUGUCGCUUGCACGAUCGGCGCUGGUAUCAUGGGAGAUAUGCUAGCUUCAAAAGACGUAUUUGGAUAUCUGUUUACGGACGAUGCUUCCGUCGUUAUCCUUGUAGCGAAAGUAAUGCCCUGGGUAGCAGCCUUCCAAGUGGCAGACGGACUUGCGAAUUCAUGUGGAGGCUCGCUCCGCGGAAUGGGAAGACAGCAUAUUGGAGCUAUUGUUAACGUUAGCGCCUACUAUCUAAUUGCUCUACCAUGUGGACUCUGGCUUGCAUUCAGAGCUAACUACGGAUUAGAAGGUCUCUGGAUGGGCCAGUUUUUAGCACUAUCUCUAGUUGGCCUCAUAGAACUUUGGAUUGUGACAGGGACCAAUUGGGCUGAGGAAGUCGAAAAUUGUGAGAAACGAUUGAAAGAGGAGGAGGAAGAAGCUACAUCGUCACUUUUUGGUAAUCCUUCUGCUGUUUUAUAA